GCUUCCUCUCCUCCGGCAACUACCAUACCGGUUCUCGGUUUAUCUCGAUGUUAGCCCUUUAUAAGUUCCCGGUUUCAUAUUGACGGUCUCCUGAACCAUAAAGCAAAAUCCAUGUCUACACCCAACCUCAAGGUACCUACACUUUUCGAUGUCCAGGGCAAGAUAGUCCUCGUCACUGGUGGUAGCUCCGGAAUUGGGAAAAUGGUCGCGGCUGGGUUUGCACAGAACGGAGCGAAAGUGUAUAUUGCGUCGAGGAAAGAGUCUCAGUUGAAGGAGGCAGUAGCUGAAAUUCGCCGAGGAGCUACGGGUUCGGUGGACUAUAUUGUAGGGAACGUCGGCUCGAAAGCGGGCUGUGAUGCGAUCAUUAACGAAUUCAAGAAACGCGAAAGCAAGUUACAUGUUCUAAUCAACAAUUCUGGUGCCACAUGGGGCGCACCUUACGAUGAUUUCCCGGAGGAGAAGGGAUGGGAUAAUGUGUUCAAUGUCAACGUCAAGGCCACCUUCUACAUGACUGUUGGGCUUACAGACCUCCUAAGCAAAGACUCAAAUUCGUAUGACCCUGGUCGAGUCAUCAACGUGUCCUCAGUCGCCUCUGUAAGCCCCGACGCUCAGACCGUUUUGGCAGCCAAAGGGAACGGGACAUGGAGUUAUCAGCCUAGUAAAGCCGCAGUGAACCACCUGACUACCGUAUUGGCCUUGAAAUUAGGCCCUAAGCAAAUCACAGUGAACUGUGUUUGUCCAGGAGUCUUCCCGAGCAAAAUGACCGCAUUUGGUUUAAAAACAGCUGGCGAAGAGACUUUCACUUCCGUUCAACCCUCAGGACGGUACGGGACACCACAAGAUGCUGCCGGUGUUUUCAUGUUCCUCUCUUCGCCUGCAUCUGCCCACGUCACCGGUGCUCAUAUACUCCUCGACGGUGGGGCAAGAUAUGUCUCCCCCUCGAUUAGUCAAUCUUCUAAACUUUGAAGAAAUUCUCGGGAUUUCUUAUUCAUUACUAUACAUGUUUUCGUACACCGUAACCAAUUCAUGAAAGACGGAGAUAUAAACAAAUUCUCUCCGUUGAAACG